AUGUCGCUCCCUUAUGCCGCCCAAGGCGAUCCUUGGUUCGAGCCUCUCUACUGCCGUGCGCCUUAUUCACAUUAUGAAGUGCUUGUCAAAGCCACCGUCCAGUCAUCCGCCACCAAUGAGCACGCUGUCUCUCGCUAUGAACAUAUCGCGCAGCGGUUCCUUUCCGGAAAGCCGCCUUUUAUACUAACGGCGGGUCUCAAAGGCCCGUUUGAUCCAGUCUCCGGAUGGCAGAACCCUUGGGACUCUAGCGUUUUUGAAUCUUCACAAGUCUGCACCAGCACUCAACAGCCCACACCGCAACGUAUCAGUGACACCCAAGCUGCCACAGUAUGGCCUUCUCCGGCCUCACCCCUCUCGAAAGCUCAAGCUCCCGCCUGCACCUAUCUUCCUAGUCCCGAGAGCUUGCAGGCGGAUACUCACCCGUAUUUAGAGAAGGACGAGCUGACGCGGGUGGAGAGAUGGAGAAACUUGGUCCGGUCAGAUAUCCCUGUGAAGGAUGAAUUCUGGGCUUCCAAGGGCUACGCCGCGAAAAAGCGAGUUGCCGAUGAUGUUUCUUGGCUCCGCCGGAGAUCCGAGGACAAGAGGGCACGACUCUCAUACGCCUGUUCGGAUUCCCUGGCGACUGCUGACAAGGCACAUGAGACGCCCGAGGAUUGCUAUUCGGACACAUCAGUGACGACUGGAGCGUCCGACGAAGGGGACGUAGUUCCGCAACCGGUAUCCCUAACACAACCUAACGGCCAGGCGAAGGCGAGAUUAGAUUCAUCCCAAACGCGCGGGACCGAACGAGAUUGCCACGCCCAGGAAACUCCUGAGCAUACGGGUGGCGGGCAGAGCUCCGCGCCCGAGGACUCCUCCCGAGAAGUAGAAGUAAAGGCCCUCUCAGCACAAGCUCGCUCAUCAAGCCCCCAAGGGGGACCGGCAACCCUACACAUCCAUCCAGCCCCUCAACCAGCUUCUUCUGGACUAGAAGUAGAUAAUAGCGCUGCCACUAUCUCCACGGAAGACGUACAGAAGACGGAUGGAACACCGAGUGCUACCCAAAGGCUCCAAUCAGAACUGGAAGUGCAUAGCGACCUAAUUACGAAACCAACCUCUACAACGCUGCGGGAAGAUGGAGAGAGCCUUGCCGUGACACCCGAAUGUGUCAAGGUGGAAACUAAUAUGGAAGCUCAUGCUCCAUCCUCUAACAUCUUCAAGGCUUUGGCGAAUCCUAGCGACCCCGUCGUACCUCUCACUGACGCCACUACCCCGUUUUCGACUGCGGUUGAGCUCGGAACAGACAUCGUCCCUGCUGAUAAGUCCAUCGCCCAGACUGAUGCCAGUAGCGUCCGGCCGCUAGAAGACGUGCAUCCUGAGGAGGCUGCGCCUCAGGUCGAGAUCCCUAUUCCCAACGAUGGAACCCGAACGUCCACACAAACUUCUACCCGCUCGCGGACACGUAAGCGUAGGAGGCGGACUCGCCAGAGCACCCCCGAGAAACGCAUCGUCCCAGAGGAGCAGAGCCCAUGGGUGCCCGAGAUUGCUGAGCCGAUCAUCGUACACCAGCCUAGCAUUGAAGUCAUAGCUUCCGGCGCGGGACCGCAGCCCGCAUGCGCGUCCCAAACAGCAGUAGUACCAAUCGAAGAGCAACAACCUUGGAUGUCUAGUCCUCUCCUUUCUUCACGACCAGACAACGCCCUCAUUCAGCCUAUCGCCAUAUCAAGUGAACAGCAGGAUCUCGUCGAAGAACGGCCUCCUGUAGCACAGCGCGAAGAUCAGGCCUCUGGCGACCUCUCACCCCAGGCUGCCGUAAUACCGCUAUAUGAAGCUUCAAAGGCUGACACCACCGACGUCCAGACACCGGCGCCGGAGCUCGCUUCUGUGCCUACCCCGCUCGAAGCCUCGAGCACCACGUUUUCAAUCCGGUCCUUCUCGAGUUUUAUGACACCCUCGGCGAAGCCUAGAUUCGCAACGGUUCCAGACUCCAACGGACGUCUUCUACAGACCCCCAGUACCCUCCAGGCUGCUCUGGAGAACCCGUGGCAGACGAACUCGCGACCAAAGAAGCGAGUAUCCUGGGCACCUCUCCCGGACGAGCCCGAUUUCGAGUCUCAGGAAACGGACCCCACGUCUUCACGGUCGCAGUUUAGCCGUGCCUCGCCACCCCCGUCUGACCCUAUUCCCGAUGAUGGGGAGGCCACCGGAGCGGCCUUUAAGAAUCAUUUCGUAUCAGUGAAACGCCGCACGAAGCCUUUGCGUCAGUGCCUCCUCCCGCCGGCAUCACAGCGGCUUCAGUGGAGCCCGAAGACCGACGCCAUGGCGCAAGCCUUUGUCGCCGCGGAGACCGUUCCCCAGCCCGACUUCAAGGGUGGCAGUGAGCUCGGCGAGGACAAGGAGAACCUGGAGCAGGAGCCCCUUGACGAUGUGGAUGCGGUUUUAGAGAACCUCGGGGACUUCUUGAACGCGUGGGAUGUAGACACGGAUCUCGAGAAAUCACGGGCAAGCCUGGGCAGUGCUACUGCAGUCGGCGCGGCGUCAGGUAAUGGGCUCUUUGAUAUGGAGCUGGGUGGCUGGUGA